AAAACGCUGUCGGCGCAGUUGUUUUGUUUACAUUCAAAUUCAGUCGUGCUUUUCUUCGUGGAAAACACAGUUUUUCAUUGAAAAUAUUUAUUAAUUCGCACAAGAAAUAAUGGCUGAAAACUCGCAGUCUUCAACGAAACAUGUGAAACAGAGAAAGAACCUGCUGAAACCUGGAGAAUGUCAUAAACAUAUCCUUGUUGAGAUUGAUCCUGGAAUCAUAGCUAAUGAAUGCGGCUCUCAGAUUACACAGGAACUUUCCCAGGCUGACAUGCAAAGUGAGAUUAAAUCACAAAUGCUUCCCAUGACAAUAACUUGGAGGCGAGAUUUUGAGGGAUGUCCAGAAUCCGGAGAUUUUCUUCUGUAUGUGAUUCUUGGUCAGGAGAUGCUGGACAGCGUGAAGGAGGACAGUUUCAAGGGACGAAUAGAAAGUCUUAAAGGGAUAUUUCCCGGGAAAACCCCAGUGAUUAUUGUUUAUGGACUGAAAGAGACUUUCCGGAAGGGUAAGAAAUCUGUUUCCCGGAUGGAUAUUGAGAUGAGUCUCGUUGAGGUUCAGAUUAUGUACAAUUGCUGCCACAGAUUGGUUGAGAAUCCUGCAGAUUUAGCCGCCACUGUGGUUCAGUUCAGCAAAAGCAUCGCCGAAACGCCUUUCAAGAGGGAGGAAAUUGAGAAAGCUCUUUCUGAGGAUUGCUACUUCAGCAGCCACAGCAAGGGCAACGUGAAGAUUCAAAAUGGGGCCGGAUACUCACGCUUGUGGCAGGAACACCUCAUUAAAUUCCCGCACGUCGCCCUGGAGGCAGCUCAGGCCAUCACAGGAGCGUAUCCCAUGCCUCGGCUGUUGGUCAAUGCCCUCGAUGCUUCGGAUGAUCCAGAAAACCUCCUCGCGAACAUCCCAGUGAGGCGCUCUGGCGGUCCUUUGGCUGCUCAGCGAAAAGUCGGCCAGGAACUCAGCAGGAAGAUCUGCACGCUGUAUACAACAGAAAACCCGGACACUGUCUUGUGA